AUGGCCACCACUACUUUGACUCUGAAGAUUGUUUUCGGUGCCGCCUUCUUCUCGGAAGGGAGUAGCCAACCUAAUGUACCAGCGGUGGAAGAGAUGCUGCAAGCGCUUCAGCAAAGCGGAGUUUCUACCCUUGAUACGGCCCAUAUUUACGGCACGAGCGAGCAACUUCUAGGCGAAACCAAGGCCGCAUCUCGUUUUACUAUAGAUACGAAGCAUCCCGGCGGAUUCUCACCUGGGAGCGGGACCAAAGAGAAGGUAAUCGCAGGAGGUGAAGAGAGUCUGAAGAAGCUCCAGACGGACAAGGUCAAUAUAUUCUACCUCCAUGCACCGGACCGUGGAACCCCUCUGGAAGAGACACUUGCGGGGAUCAAUGAGCUAUACGAGCAGGGUAAAUUCAAGUACUUUGGUAUCUCUAAUUUCCGAGCCGACGAGGUUGAAAAUGUUAUUCGCGUGGCGAAGGAGAACCAGCUGGUGUUACCCACCGUCUACCAGGGGAACUACAACCCCAUCUCGCGCAAGCAAGAAACUGAACUCUUUCCCCUGUUGCGGAAAUACGGAUUGGCAUUUUAUGCGUACAGCCCUCUUGCCGGGGGAUUUCUGACCAAGACGGUGGAGCAACUGCUGAAGGGAGGGGAAGGAAGAUGGGACCCGAAUACUUUUCUAGGGAAGUUGUAUAAUGAUAUGUACAACAAGCCUGCCCUUCUGAGUGCGUUGGAGAACUGGGGCCAGAUUGCCAAGGAAGCUGGGAUCUCCAAGGCAGAACUGGCGUAUCGAUGGAUGGCAUAUCAUUCAGGUCUUCGGAGCGACCUUGGAGAUGCACUAGUCAUUGGGGCUAGCAGUGUUGACCAGUUGAAACAGACACUCCAUGGGCUGCAUCAAGGACCGUUGAGUGAUGAUAUUGCGGGGAAGGUCGGGAAAGUGUGGGACGAAGUCAAGGAUGAAUCUCCUUUGGACAACUUCAAUGAUUGGUUUAUUAAGCAGUGA